AUGUUCACUUCGCGAUUUCACGCAAAAGAUGAUGAAAGCAGGUCGCCGGCUAAAAUUCCCUCUGUGACCUCUAGGGAGUGUACAUCUACUGAAAAGAAACAGUCUUUGAUGUCGCCUGCCAGAAUUGCACCGAAGGACAUAACGGCGAAGAUCUCUAUAGGAAACAUUCUGUCAACUUCUAGAAAAUCGGUAGCAAAGGCUCGUUAUGGUGAUCACAAAGUUCAAAAAGAAAACAAGAUGCUUGUGGGAAAGCGCACAAAGAAAGAAAUGGGAAAAGUUUUGGAUGAACUCACAACUUCAAAAAGGUCUCGAAAGCAAAUUGUUCAACUUCUCGGAUCUCAUGCUUCAAAUGAAGAAAGCACGGAAAAGGUUGCUGGGGAUCCGAUUGUGGUUUCAAUUGAUGUGCAACAAGUUUUGGAUUCACUGACCCCCGGUGUGAUGAAGAAAUACACACAGAAGAUGGCAUCUAAAGUCAAGAGGAAACAAUUUGGAGCAAGGAACAUGCAAGACCUCCAAAGGCGCAUUGUCGAGGAUCAAGAACAAUCAAUUCCGAAACGAGAAAUGAUUGAAUCGAAGAACAAAAUGGGAAGCUCUGACAAAUGGAGCUGUAAAUUACCUCUUCCUAACUUUGGCCCCAUUUCGAAUGAGUUGGAUAAACCAAAAAAACGGCAGGACCGACAAAAGAAUUUCGAUGCACGACGGAAGACAUUGAGCAGCAAACGGGAACCGGUUUUGGACAUGGAUGAUGUGUUUACGGUAGACGACCAGCAAGAAACAUUGGACAUGGGACGAGCAAUUGAGGUUGAGAAUGAUGCUCCAAAGAACGAUCCAAAAAAAGACGCAUUGGAAUUCCGAUGUCAUGUUCUCGAAUGCAAUUUUGUUGGCACAAGUCGUAAACAACGUGAAAAUCAUAUGCAUAAGCAUCAUCCAAGUUUUGUGAAUCCAAAGGAUAAACAACAGAAAAUUGCCUGCAUCGAAUGCGACACCAUCGUUACAACCAAUCAACAAAUGAUGGAGCACAUGUGCAAAAAGCACAAUAUCACAACGCGAGUUCAGCUGGAUUUCAAAUGUCCCUACGAUUUUCAAGAAUGGUUGAAUCAUGUUAUCGAUAUAUACUCAAUUAAUUUUGCGCCUUCCAAGCCAGUAUUUCUCAAUAAGAAGAAAAUAUAUUACCUUUACUGCAAAAAUGGCGACGAGUCUAUUAAGCAACUGUACGGAGCAAAUACGACCAUUGGAACCAGUACGAAGCUGCCUCGCUAUGCGUGCGCAUGUUAUUUGAAGGUCAUUCAACAAAGUAAUGGACCUGUAAAAGUAACGGGUUGCGUUGAACAUACAGGACAUCGAUUGGGUACAGAAUUGUUGAGACCAUCUAUACUGGAACGAAAAGCGAUGCAUAUCUAUAUGAAAAAUUCUUCCUUUUCACUUCUCGAUGGUCUUCGAUGGUUGUUGUGGGGAGAAGGUGUGGCUGAGACGGAAUACACGAUGCCUAAAUUGCCCUCGUUGAUUCCGCAGAAUAGCGAAGAAGAUGCCAAUGCUUCAUUGGAUGCAUUGCUGCAAAGCUGUCAAGAGAGAGGUGUCCUUUUCAAUGUGGUGAGGCCCAGGGACAACAAAGAUGCUUUCACAAUUGGCUACAUGGACGAACAAAUGCGGGAGUUUUGGUGCAACUAUGCGCACAAAGUCGUUUACAUAGAAGAGUUUCUGACGAACGAAGUAUGGAAUUUCCGCGUGACGGUGGUGAGCGUUUUUGACGACGAUGAGAAACCGCGUAUUGCUGCUCUUUACAUGUCGACAUGUUCGGAUGAAUUGCUUCCACUCUUCGAGCAGCUCACUUCUGUUUGGGUUGGUCGGGUUACGACUUUUGUGAUAUGUUGUAUCCCUAAAACAAUCGAAUUGAUUGAAGCUUAUUUUGAACCUUAUCAGCAGGGUGAAUUUGAUUUUCAAUUUACUGAGUGGUCUCUGAUCUCGACAUGGGCAGCGGCUCUCGACGAAAGGAUGGUGAAUCGGGUAGACAAAUUCGCCUUACUAUGCGCGCUGCGGCGGCUACUUCGAAUAACGAACAUUAGUGUCAGGGAACAAAGCAUUACAGAAUUGGCUGCGGCAUUGAAAGAAAUGAGUCUCAAUCAGGUAACUACAUUUCUCAGCAAUUACUUUGCUGCGGAUGUCGAGUGUAAAUGGCAGUCAUUAAAACGCAACAGCAUCACGGAUUACAAAAACCCGUUUGUGGAGGCAGCAGGAAGAUUCUUCCGCGAGAGUUUGUUUCUCUUCGACGAAUGUUGGCGAAUUGAUGAGCUCAUCAGUUCAACAAUCAACAGAGUCACCGCCUACAAUAAAGCUUAUCUACAAACAUAUCUCUUGAGGCAACAACAUUUUGAACCGGCACGAGAGCUUCCGCGGCGGCGAGCACACAAACCUCUUGAUGACGAGGGCGCACCGGGAGUAACCGAAGAAUCGAUCGUCGACGAUCUUUUAUCGCCACAUUCCAAUGAGGGUAAACGAAUGAACGAUGAGCCGAUUGAUGUGGAAAGAUAUUCGGAAAGAGGAACACGACAAUUUGAUGAAUUUGGACAAGGAAUGAAACUGAACGAUUUUGUGGAAUCUGAAAUGGCUUUCGAUGAAGUCUCCACAUCGCUCUUGUGCAGACAGUCAAUAAACGAGCAACAGCAGCAAAUGGGAGAUGAAGUCAUUCACGAAGCAAGCACUUGUGUAUUUGACGCAAAUGAGGUUUAUUAUGACUUUACGUCGAUUGGCGUUGAACGAGCUAUAGAAAUUGAUGCGAUUGUAAAAAAAGAACAAAAAUUUGGUCACAUUGUGCAAAGUUAUCACUCAAAUCUCAAUAGUCAGGACUUGGCUUUUGAUCGUCAAGCAACAUCAUCACAAGGCUAUCAACCGACUAUGGGGAUUGAUAUGAUCUCACAAAGCGAUCAACACCGACAACAAACAACGGAGAAUGCCUGGCAGAAAGUGCAUCGGGUGUCUUUCGAUCUUCCAUCAACCUCUCAUGCUCAUCAACAACCUCUUAUUGACAACCAUGAAGAUGAUGACGUGGAUCAACUAAUCUACAAGCAAAUGUGGACCGACGACGAAUUUGACUGGGAUAAGAUGUUCAAGACC